AGAAAAAGAAAGAGAGGAGGGAAAAAAAAACGCCUGCGACAACGUCGGUAAUGCAUCCAAUCCAUUCCUUCCUCCCAUCUCAUCUCCCAUUUCUUCUGCACUGCAAAAACAACUACCUUUCCCUUUAGCUGCUGCUUUGAGCGGUCGAGUGACUUUAUGGGGCUUACUGUGGAGGACUUCUUGAACGAGUGCCAGCAGUCCGGUGAUGCGGCCUACGCUGCCUUCCGAUCCUUGCUCGAUCGCCUCGAGAAUCCCACCACCCGCGUUGACGCCCGCAUCUUCCUCUCCCUUCUCCAGAAUCGCUUCGCCUCCUCCCCUUCCAAACUCGCCGCCGAUCAGUUCUUCCACUCUUUCCAUUUUCGUAUCGACGACAUUCUCCUCGACCAAUACCAAGGAUACCAGGGUAGGAAGAAAUUGACAACGAUGGUGAUCCCUAGCAUAUUUGUUCCCGAAGACUGGUCCUUCACUUUCUACGAAGGACUGAAUAGACACCCAGACUCUAUCUUCAAGGACAAGACGGUCGCUGAGCUUGGUUGUGGGAAUGGAUGGAUAUCCAUUGCCAUUGCUGACAAGUGGUUGCCCUCUAAGGUGUAUGGGCUUGAUAUUAAUCCUAGAGCCGUCAAGAUUUCAUGGAUAAACUUAUACUUGAAUGCCUUAGAUGAGAAAGGCCAGCCCAUAUAUGAUGCAGAGAAUAAAACUUUGCUUGACAGGGUGGAGUUUCAUGAAUCCGAUCUACUCUCUUACUGUAGAGAUCAUGGCAUUCAACUUGAACGAAUUGUUGGAUGCAUACCUCAGAUUCUUAAUCCAAAUCCUGAUGCAAUGUCUAAGAUGAUUACAGAAAAUGCGAGCGAGGAAUUUCUGCAUUCGCUGAGUAAUUAUUGUGCACUUCAGGGUUUUGUUGAGGACCAGUUUGGCUUAGGCCUAAUUGCGAGGGCGGUUGAGGAAGGAAUAGCUGUCAUCAAACCUCUGGGGAUCAUGAUCUUCAAUAUGGGAGGCCGUCCAGGACAAGCAGUUUGUAAACGCUUGUUUGAGCGCCGUGGUUUCCGUAUCUCCAAGAUUUGGCAGACUAAAGUUAUUCAGGCAUCGGAUACAGAUAUUUCAGCCUUGGUUGAAAUUGAGAAGAACAGUCCACACCGUUUUGAGUUCUUCAUGGGGCUUUCUGGAGAUCAGCCUAUUUGUGCUCGAACAGCAUGGGCCUAUGGGAAGGCUGGGGGUAGCAUUUCUCAUGCAUUAUCAGUUUACAGUUGUCAGCUUCGUCAACCAAAUCAGGUCAAGACAAUUUUUGAGUUUCUUAAAAACGGCUUCCAUGAGAUCAGCAGUUCUUUAGAUUUAUCUUUUGAAGACGAUUCUGUUGCUGAUGAGAAGAUUCCAAUGCUGGCUUAUCUUGCUACUGUCUUGAAAGAGAGUUCCGUUUUCCCCUACGAGCCACCGGCUGGAAACAAGCGAUUCCGUGAUCUCAUUGCAGGCUUUAUGAAAACAUAUCACCACAUUCCACUUAAUGCUGAUAACGUUGUCAUCUUUCCUUCGAGGGCUGUGGCAAUUGAGAAUUCUCUUCGAUUGUUCUCCCCCCGCCUUGCAAUUGUUGAUGAACAUCUGACCCGACACCUACCUAGGCAAUGGCUAACAUCUUUGGCAAUUGAGCAUACAGGAAGUGAUAACCUAUCGGAGGAUAUACUUACAGUCAUAGAAGCACCACGUCAGUCAGAUUUGAUGAUAGAGCUGAUUAAGAAGUUAAAGCCGCAGGUGGUGGUGACUGGGAUGGCUCAAUUUGAGGCUGUUACUAGUGCAGCUUUUGAGCACCUUUUAGGUAUUACGAGAGAAAUUGGAUCUCGUCUUUUCUUAGACAUAUCUGAUCAUUUUGAGUUAUCCAGUCUCCCAGGUUCCAGUGGGGUCGUAAAAUAUCUUGCAGGAACUCAGCUGCCCUCACAUGCAGCAAUUAUAUGCGGCCUGGUAAAAAAUCAGGUUUAUUCAGAUCUGGAAGUAGCUUUCAUCAUUUCAGAAGAAGAGGCCAUCUUUAAGGCAUUAUCCAAGACUGUAGAACUGCUACAGGGAAUUACUGCACCAAUUAGUCAAUAUUACUAUGGUUGUCUUUUCCAUGAGCUUCUGGCUUUCCAACUUGCUGACCGACAUGCACUUACUAAGAGGGAAAGCCAAAAAGACAACUCAAUGGAGAUGAUUGGCUUUGCCAGUUCAGCCAUCUCAGUUCUAAAUAGCUCAGAGUUGUCAAUUAAUGAGGCCAAGAACACAUCCCUGAUUUACAUGGAUGUUGAUCAGAGCUUCUUGCCCUUGCCAUCUCCUGUAAAGGCUGCAAUCUUUGAAAGUUUUGCAAGACAGAACUUGGCCGAAUCGGAAAUAGAUGUCAAUUCUAGCAUCAGACAGUACAUCAAGAGCAAUUAUGGGUUUCCAACUGAUAGUGGCACAGAAUUGAUAUAUGCUGACAGCUCGCUGGCUCUGUUUAAUAAGGUGGUCCUAUGCUGCAUCCAAGAAGGUGGAACUUUGUGCUUCCCAGCUGGCUCAAAUGGGACCUAUGUGUCUGCUGCUAAAUUUUUAAAAGCAAGCAUUGUAAAUGUCCCUACCAAGUCUGGAGAAGGUUUUAAGCUGACAGAGAAGAUACUUUCUGAUGUACUUGAGACUGUGAAUAAGCCGUGGAUAUACAUUUCUGGUCCAACAAUUAACCCAACUGGUUUGCUUUACAGCAACACAGAGAUAGAAUGUAUUUUAUCCACUUGUGCUAAAUUUGGGGCACGAGUUGUGAUCGAUACAUCAUUUUCAGGUUUGGAAUUUGACUCUGAGAGUUGGGGGGGCUGGGAUUUAGAAGGGAGCUUGUCAAAGCUCAAUUCUUCUGGAAGCCCAUCUUUUGGGGUCUCACUUCUUGGAGGGCUGUCUCUUAAGAUGCUGAGUGGAGCGCUCAAAUUUGGGUUCCUGGUUCUAAACCAAUCUCACUUAGUUGACACAUUUUAUAGCUUUCCUGGAUUAUGCAAACCCCAUAGCACUGUUAAGUACGCUAUAAAGAAGCUGUUGGGUUUGAGAGAGCGGAAAUCAGGAGACCUAUUGGAUGCUCUUGCUGAACGGAUAAGGACUUUGAGUCAUAGAUCAAAACGUUUAAAGGAGACACUUGAGAAGUGUGGGUGGGAUGUGCUUGAAUCCAGCUCCGGUGUUUCCAUGGUAGCCAAGCCCUCUGCCUAUCUCAACAAGAUUGUGAAGCUCAAGAAGUCACCUAAAGAUGGAGGCAGCAUGGAAAAUGAUGCGACUUAUGAAGUCAAGCUCGAUGACAAAAAUAUAAGGGAAGCUAUUUGUUGGUCCACGGGUUUAUGCAUCAACAGUAGCUUAUGGACUGGAAUUCCUGGCUACUGCCGGUUCACGAUUGCUUUAGAAGAAAGUGAAUUUGAAUGGGCGUUGGAACGCAUUGUUAAAUUCAACGACCUCAUCAAUACCUGAAUUGCUCUGAUAUUGUCAUGUGCUAUCUGAUUUCAUUGUUUUCACAAAUUCGGUUGUGUGAAAUAAACCAUUCUUAUGGUCAGUUACCAGAAACUGAGACAGAGAGAGAGAGAGAGAGAGUUUAGCUUUCUUCGUUGGAGUAAAGCUUCAACUGAGGUUUAUUAUCACCUACAGAUAAUUUGAGCAUUCUUUUGUCUGAGUCAGCCUCAAGUCAGAGGCUCUCAUGUCCAUGUGAAAAAUGCAAGGGUUCAAAUGUUCUCAUUUGAUUUGGCGGAGGUGGUUUAUAAUACAAGUCUUGGGAGUGAACUUUCACUGCUGAAUGUGAAAACCGAAUACAAUAAAUUAUAUGCUUUUUCUGUGUUUUUA